AUGCGCUAUAUACUAUCAUGGGUAACGGUAGCCGUUAUCUCAUCACUCACCCUGGUUUCUGCCGCCGCUCCGUCUCCCUUGGGCCUACAGUCUGACCUUACUAUCCUGGUUGACAAUGACCUUGAGGGCCCUGGUAGCACAUCACCCGCAUCAGGCAUCAUUCUACUUAGUGGCCAGAACCACACGUUAAGAGAAGCAGACCGCGCCUGUAAAGCACUGGGUGAGCAUCUCUGGUCUCCAGCGCAGGGCAAUGGCACGGCGGAAGUGGUUAAGCGGCAGAUAGACUACCUGGUGCUUCGACAAUCUUUCUCAAACUCGACAAGAUUCUGGGUUGCCCCUCAAAAAGGAGACAAUGGCACGGCCGUCGAUGGCCCGCACACCAUCGACGCUCAGGGGCUUAUCCAGCCCCUUGAGAACCCCAACGAACAGCUGCCCGCUGUGUGUACGCAGUCGGCGCCAUUCUCUACCCUGUCGUCGGGAGACUCGAGCGAGACGUGGCGAGUUGCUGUCAGGGCUAACGACGAUACCUUGAUCGGAUAUCGCGACCGCGUCAGUUUCCGCUUCUUGGGAGUUCGAUAUGCACCACAGCCCGGACGCUUUAGACACUCGACCCCCUACCACGGCUCGGGCGGUAACUACUCGGUCCUGAAAACCGCCCCAGCAUGCGUCCAAUUGGACGGCUCGGGCUCCGAGGACUGCCUGUUUCUCAACAUAUGGACUCCGCAUCUGCCACAGGACGGCGCCUCCACGGCCAAGAGCAACCUCAGGCCGGUGAUGUUCUGGAUCCACGGCGGGGCGUUCACUUCGGCGAGCGGCGGCGACUCCUUUUCCGACGGCGGCAACUUUGCCUCCCGCAACGAUGCCGUGGUGGUUGCCAUCAACUACCGUCUGGGCACCCUCGGCUUCAUGGCCAUCGACGACGGCGAGACCAACGGCAACUUUGGGCUCGCGGACCAGGUCAACGCUCUGGACUGGGUGAUCGCCAACAUCCGCAGCUUCGGCGGCGACCCCGGCCGGAUCACCAUCUACGGCCAAAGCGCAGGGGCAGCUUCAGUGCGCGCCCUGCUGGCCUCCCCCAAGGCCGCCGGCAAGUUCGCCGCCGCGAUACCCAUGAGCGGGCUCGGCGGGCUCAACUACGGCACCACAUACGCCAAGUACCUCAGCAUCGAGGAGCACAUGAAAACGGUCGGGAACGAGAUCCUGACCCUGACGGGCUGCGACACGGCCGUCUCCCGGGUCGACUGCCUCCGCCAGGUGCCGCUGUCGGAGCUCCUCGCCCUCACCCCGGCGCGGUACCUCGUCGUGGACGGCACCUACCUCACCACCAACCAACUCGAGCUCAAAUCCGGCCCGCCCCUGCCCGUCCACCUGAUGAUGGGCACGGUGCGCGACGACGGCGCGCCCUUCAUCGCGUACCCCAAAACCACCAACCAGACCGAGUACCUGGCCCAGAUCGGCUUCAAACCCCCACCGGCGACGCUCUUCCCCGUCCCGACCGCCACCACCAACGCGACCCUGAACCUCUACACCAUGGCCUCGCGCCUCGCCACCGACGCCAUGUUCCGCUGCGUGGACCAGGCGACGGUGGACGCGGGCCUGCGCAGCGGGCGGCUGGGGACGGGGCGCGCCUUCUACUACGAGUUUGACCGCACCUACCAGACGGCCGGGUGGCCGCGGCUGGACGCGUGCGAGCCGCCGCGGACCGCCGCGCGACCCGACGGCGACCCGUCGCUGCCCUACCUGCGCUGCCACUCGGGCGAGCUCAACUACGUCUUUGGCAACGUCGCCCGCGAGGCCCGCCCCGCCCGCGACGCCGCCGACUUUCCGUUCCAGCGCCUCGUCGUCGACGCCUUUGGCGCCUUUGCCCGCGCCUACGACCCGAACCCGGACGAGUGCUUCCUCGAGGCCAGGGGUUACGCCGAGACGCUGCGCGAGCUCCGCCGCUCCGGCCGCUGGCGACCCGCGACCCGCGAUGGCAUGACCCUCAGGGAGCUCGAUUGGCCGCCGCGCCAGGGUCCGUUCAGGGAGCUGCCGCAGUGCGAAUCGUUGGGGCUGGGGCUGGGUUACUACGAGUGA